AUGUUUGGGAUUGGUCAAAGUUCUAACGAUUGUUUUUAUGAUCCAUACAAUGCAGCUGAUGAUCGUUGUCAAAAUGGACAAUGUUAUUCGCUUGGUGAUACUUCGUCGAAAUCACUUCCACUUGAAACUUCGAUUCUCAUUGGUAUUGGAGUUUCUGCUUUUUGUAUUGUUUGUUUGACUGUUGGAGCUUUAUAUUGGCAUCGUAGACAAAUAAAUCGUGCAGAAAACCGAUCAAAUCUGUUAACAUCUUUUUCUCUACCUACAUUUGUUCAACCUACUAAAGGUACUUCAGCUGGUGUUCGAAUACAUUCAUCUACAUCACAACCACCAUUAGUUGAGACAAGUGUUAAUUUAAAACUAGCUACGACUGUUAACCCUUAA